CUUGGUGAUGUCAGACUGGUUGGGUCAUUUGAAGGUUAGCUGCCUCGGAUGGGUUCAUAGAAAGUUCGCUCGCAUAUAUUAGGCAAUUCAAUCUUUCAUUCUCUGUGACCAAACUAGUAGGAAAUGAGCUGCAUGGAGGCAAGACAACCCAUUCGUCAUCCGAACGGGGAGAUGUGGUUUUAAAACGCGAUCUGUGAUAUUUAUAAGAAAAUAUUUUCAAAAAGGCGGGCUCAAGCGAGGACGGUGUUGUUAAGGGCACGGGAUGGGGCAGUGCAAAACAUUUAUACGAUAAAGACGUUGGGACGUUACGGAUGUGACUGACACAUUUUCGUUGCAACAACCGAACAUCGGAGGAGAAUGGCAAAUCAUAAUUUGGGUCUAUUACAAGCUUUUAGCGGUGUUGUCUGUCAUAAUUAUUGCUUAUUUUAGUCUGGGAAGAAGAUUUUACGUGCCAAAAAAGGGUCAGACUUUGAUGGAGUUGUGUGCACUUAUGUUCGCGAUUCUUACCCACACCUAAAGGACCCUUUAAAGGCACACAAUAACAGGGUGACUGUUGCGACUAAGGGACAUCAUGUUUGAUUGUAUGGAUGUGCUAGCGGUGAGCCCGGGACAAAUGUUGGAUUUCUACACUUCACGUCCCUCUUCGUGCAUGCUGCAAGAGAAGGCACUGAAAGCGUGCUUCAGCGGGCUCGCUCAGAGAGACUGGCAACAUCGCCGGAGCGCACAGUCCAUCGAGACCCAGAGCACCAGUUCUGAGGAGCUGGUCCCAAGCCCCCCAUCCCCCCUGCCCCCGCCCCGCGUCUACAAGCCCUGCUUCGUGUGCCAGGACAAGUCCUCGGGAUACCACUAUGGUGUCAGCGCCUGCGAGGGCUGCAAGGGUUUUUUCCGUAGAUCCAUCCAGAAGAACAUGGUAUACACGUGUCACCGGGACAAGAACUGCAUCAUCAACAAGGUGACCAGGAACCGCUGUCAGUACUGCCGGCUCCAGAAGUGCUUUGGCGUGGGCAUGUCCAAAGAGUCUGUCCGGAACGACCGCAAUAAGAAGAAGAAGGAGAGUCCCAAGCCAGAGCUGACAGAGAACUACGAGCUGAGUGCAGAACAAGAGGCCAUCAUAGAGAAGAUACGCAAGGCUCAUCAGGAGACCUUCCCAUCGCUCUGCCAGCUGGGGAAAUACACCACGAACUCAAGUGCAGAACAACGCGUGAGGCUGGACCUGGGCCUGUGGGAUAAGUUCAGUGAGCUGGCUACUAAGUGCAUUAUAAAGAUUGUGGAGUUUGCCAAACGAGUACCUGGUUUUACAGGACUCACCAUAGCUGACCAGAUCACGCUGCUUAAAGCUGCCUGCCUUGACAUACUGAUUCUACGUAUCUGUACGCGGUACACUCCGGACCAGGACACCAUGACGUUCUCAGACGGGCUGACCCUGAACCGGACCCAGAUGCACAACGCAGGCUUCGGCCCGCUCACCGACCUGGUGUUCACCUUCGCCCACCAGCUGCUGCCCAUGGAGAUGGACGACACAGAGACAGGCCUGCUCAGCGCCAUCUGCCUCAUCUCUGGAGACCGUCAGGACCUGGAGGAACCCUCUAAGGUCGACCACCUCCAGGAGCCUCUACUGGAAGCUCUGAAGAUCUAUGUGAGGAAGAGGAGGCCCAGCAAGCCACACAUGUUCCCCAAGGCCCUGAUGAAGAUCACUGACCUCCGCAGCAUCAGCGCCAAAGGUGCGGAGCGGGUCAUCUCGCUGAAGAUGGAGAUCCCUGGCUCCAUGCCUCCUCUGAUCCAGGAGAUGCUGGAGAACUCAGAGGGCCAAGACGGCCAGAGCAGCACCCAGGGCGAGGACGGCAGCAGCCCCAAGAAGGGCACCCCUAAGAGGGGUAAGGGGGGUAAACCCUCCCCUGUGUCCCCUGACCCCUCAGACAGCGAUGGGCCCACAGCGGCCCCUGAGGAGGAGGAGGAGGAGGAGGAGGAGGAGGAAGAGGACCCCUAGGUGCCCGUGGAACUGACACUCUCUCUCUGACAUUCCUUUGUACAAAAAAAAACAACUAAAAAUAGGUUGACAGCCAGGCAUGGUGGACCCCCUCUCCUCCUCCCCUCAGGCCUUCAGUCCCUUGGUGACCACCACCACCUUUGCUUGUUCUUAUGUUAUCCUUUACAUUUGUUUUUUCCUUCUCUCUCUCUCUCUUUAUCUCUUCAUUUCCCCUUAAAAAACGACAACACUAAGGCCUAAAAGGACCAGUGGUUGUUUUGUGUAUAAUCCUAAAUUGAUUGCGGUUGUGUUUCGGCGACUAGGGUGUGAUUGGUCGAGAUGGGUUUGACCCCGUCCGGCCACACCCACUUACCUGUACACAAAGGUCAUAGGUCAUCCUCCUCAGGUCUCCUGUGUAAAUUUAUCCCUGCAUGACGGGCUUGCCGAGUUUAAUGCGUUGUUUUAAUCUCUCUCCCUCUCUUUUUCUCUCGCUCUCUCCCUCUCUCGCUCUCUCAUAUUGUUGAAUACAUUGUACAUACCAUUGUAUGGUUAGAAAUCUCUGUUUCUAUGAUGAAUUUUGUGGUGCUUUUUUCAUUGUCUUAAAUAUUAUAGUUUGAGGCGAAACAGUACAUACAUGACAAGGUUUAAAGGGGGGCUAAAAUAUAAAGUCCUUUACAAAAACAGUUACAUAGAAUGUUCUUGCAUAUAGACAGUAUGGAAGACUAAUACUUUAUAUUUGUUCCUAUAUUUAAUUUAAUUAUUUGGA